UACCUACAUCAUCUCAUACACACGAUUCCGACACAUCUAAUCGUAUUACUGAGACAUUCAAGAUGCCUGCGAAUACAGAAGGCGAUUCCUUCUCAACUGAUAAGGUUCUUCCUGCCGGUGGCCAUUCCCAUUUUACUCGAGAUGACUUUGACCGUGUCAAGGAAAUUCUAGAGGACAUUUUGGACAGCCUAACACGCAUGCCAAAUGAAGCCACAUUGGAGUUUAAAGGGCUUGGAUGAAAUAUUUUCAAAAUCUUGAAUAUUUACUUAAUACCCAACCUAUUUCCACUAUCAAGCACGUAUUGAGAAACCAAUCUGAAAGGGUCGCCAACGUCCCUUCCCUUCCCAUACGAGUUAAGCGUUUACGAACCAGGCAGAAAAGUAUUGGGUGACUUUCUAAUAGAAGGCCCGGCAGAAUACAGCAUUAGAGACGGGUGGCUAAGUAUCCCAACAAGGUCACUCACUUUUCGCGACUCUGUGGCUAUGGAUUUGACCGAGUAUGUUAGAGAGUGCGCUACCGAGGCCAUUAUGUCGAUGCAACUUGGCUCUAGAUUCCACGCGAAAACAGGCUGGAACAUUAGUAAUGGGAUGGCAUACGUUAGACCCAACGGCGCUCUCUACUACCUUCAAGGAAAUGAGAAGUGGGAUAAGAGGACAUCUCCCGACGUAGCCAUCGAAGUUAGCCAUUUGAACCCGAUCACCGAAGAGAGAAUGCGUGUGUUAUUUCAAGCAGGGAAAUCUCGCCUGCGAACGAUUUUACAUUUGCAUCUAGCGCGCGACGGCUCUGAUGGUGGUUUGGCUUCGAAGUUUCGGACUACUGUUAAUAUACGAGUUUGGGAAGGUAGGGUAGAUGAGACGACGGGUGAUUUUACAAUUGCACCUGCCUGCGACAUGCUAAACGUACGAGAGGCCUUGCGCCAGAAUCCGCAGGCGGAGUUAGAACUUACAGGGAAACAAUUCUCUGCGUCUCUUGAGCAGGUUCAAGACCUCAAGAUUAAAAUUUCUCUACGACUGGUGUUGGGGAUAGUUGACGGGGAAUGGACCUUUCACGAAGACGAAUCAGAUUCAGCAGAGGAUGAGCCAUCUAGCGAGCACCCCGGUGAGAGUCGCACAGUUGCCCCAGUAAAAUUGGGCAGUUCAGGGUGAUGGGCUUGGUUAUUGACAAAGGAUUCUAGUAAAGAAUACGGAAGCAGAUGAGUGGCAUCAAGUUGGCCGUUUGGGGGGGUACGGUAUGGGGAUAUGGCCCUUAUGCUUUCUGUGUAGCAUUUCCCAUCGCGUCACUGCUAUAAUUGAUGCGAAAAUUUCAUACCUUACCUAGGUGGGUAUGGUUUUCAUUAUUAUCCCAGGUUCUCACCGAGCAGUGAAGAAGACUCAUUUUUAUAGGUAAUUACCUACUUAUAUACAUGAGUUACGAAGCAUGAUAAUAGAAACGAAUGCCUAGUAACCUAAGUAGUUCGCUUCGGACUAAUUUUAACACUGUAAAUAUGAGC